CAAGCGCUAACAUUUUUAGGUCUAGUCUAUGAAGAGGCUAUACCCAGUAUCACCAUCACCUCAGUCACUAAUGUUCUCUCCUUUGCCAUUGGAGCUAUCACACCGACACCAGAAAUUCGCUUAUUUUGCUUUGGAACAGCUAUAGCGAUGGGUCUCACCUAUGUCUAUCAGCUUUUCCUAUUUGGCCCGGUGCUUUCCUUGGCAACUGCGUGUGAGAAACAUCAAUCGCAAAAGGACAAGCAUGAAAGCAAUUGGAUAAAAAAGGUGGGCCGUAGGGCAGAUACUGUAAUUAUCAGUGCAGAAUCUUAG